GUCGCAGUGGUCAUGGAAGUUGUGGAUUACGAUCAACUGAAUAACGAUGAUUCAAUUGGCGAAUUAAUUUUUUCUAUGCGAAACGUCAAAUUUAGUAAAAAUCCUCUACAUUGGAGACAUCUACAAAUACCAAACGUAAAAAAAAAUUUCUUCUUUGGUGAAUUAAUGUUAUCCUUAUGCUAUUUACCUGAAAAAAGGAAAUUAACAGUGAAUGUUGUAAAAGCAAAAAAGCUUAUGAAAAAAAAUGAAAUUCGAGCAUCAGAUUCAUAUGUGAAACUCUAUCUUGUUAAGCAAGGAGUAAAACUUGAAAAACGAAAAACUGUGACAAGACAUGACACAUUGUCACCAGUGUUCAACCAAAUGUUUAUAUUCAACUUGCCAGAUAAUGGAAAACUUGAAGUCAAUUUAAUUGCAACGGACCAUGAGAUUAUUGGCACUAAAAAUGAAAUCGGCCAUGUAAUCAUAGGUCCAUCAGGAUCAGAAAACGGUAUUCGGCAGUGGAAUGAAAUAUUUAACCAUCCUAAAAUUCCUUAUGCUUGUUGGCACAAAUUAUUUCCCAAAUGGUAA